UUUAGGGGGUAAUUUAAAUAAUUUCAGAGAGUAAAGAGCAAAUAGUAAAAAUAAAAAAAAAAAAAAAAAAAAAAAAAACAGUGUAAUAGUAGUAUAAAUAGGCUAGGCAAACAAUACAUGAACACAACCAAAGCAGAAAAAAAAAAAAAACACAGAGAGAGAAAAAGUGUCUGUAACAUCACAAAUUUCUCAUUCCAAUGGCAGAAUCAGUGGAAAAGUCAUCGACUUUCAUGGUCAGAAACAGAGCAUGGUCAUCUGAGACCACCAUAACAGAUGUGAAUGUGGACUCACUCUCUCAGUGUGCCACCUUUCUCAACCUUCAAGAAGUCUCCAACAUGGCCAUGACCUGCAACUUAUUCAAAAAGGUCGCUUAUUCAGACCCCAUCUGGCAUCGUUUGUACAGGGAACAUUGGCACAGAGAAAUCCCAGCUGCUGUUUCUCAAAAACUAGGAGCUCGAGAUGCAUAUCUGGCUCGACACAAGUCGGUUAAUCAGUUCGAGUUUAGUGAUCCAAUUGGUUUCGACACUUUCACAGCCUCGAAACCUGUUGAUCACCUCAUCAUUGACAAUAACACCAUUAUCUUUGCUCAUGGUCCAUGGCUAAGGAUCACAAACAUUAACACCCCUUUUCUUACAAAAGGUUCGACUGUCAUGCUCAAUGGUCAUACUGAAAGAAUAACUUGUAUGAGGCUAUUUUCUGCUAAUGAAACACCUUUGUUUCAAAGAGAAAGCCAGAGCGACGACGAUGAUGAGAAGUUCAUCGUGACUUCGAGUAAGGAUCGUUCCAUUCGGCUAUGGUGGAAGGGAUCAUGCUACAAAACUUUCAGAGGUCACAGUGGGACAGUUUCAGCAUUAUCAGAUGAGUUGUUAGGUGAUGGAGUUGGGAACAUUUUGGCUAGUGGAGGUGACGAUGGUACUGUUCGCCUUUGGUCACUUGAAGCUGGUGUCAAAAGUGGUCAGCAUGCUCUCAAGGCUACAUUAUGUGGCCAUGACAAAACUGUAAAGCUUAUGUCUUUGGCCAAGUACAAACCAUCUCAUUUGGUGACUGUGUCCAAAGAUUCAAAGGUGAGGGUUUGGGAUACAACUGUAUCAACGGCUGCAAAUUCAUCAAGCUGUGUGGGAAUGACUUCAGUUCCCGGCAUCCCUGUAAACAUGAAGUGUCAUGAAACAAUGCUGUUGAUUGCUUCUGGUACCUCUGUGACUGUAAUUGAUUUAAGGACAAUGAAAAAAGUCAUUACUGCAGCAACUCAUGAAUCAAGGCUAUGCUCAUUUGAAGCUCUUCCUUCAAAAUACUUAAUCUGUGCAGGCAGCAAGGACAAGGCAUUGUUGUGGGAUGUGAGAAGAAACCAUACUGAGCAAAAUUCAAAACCAGUAGCCGAGUUGGAUGGACACCGCGGACCAGUAAAUUUGCUACACAUGGAUCAGUACAAAGUUGUUACCGCGGGCCGAAAAGAUGCUGGUGUCAAUGUUUGGGAGGCAAAUACUGGCAUCCAAACUAAUUCAUUACUAUGUGAAUAUGGUGAUCAGGGUGACAAUGCUGCUCCUAAUGGUUGUUCUGCUUUGGCUGUGAGUAAAACUCGUAUUGUAACUGCCAGUUAUGGUCAUGGUUAUGGGCUUAUGCGUUUUAGGGAUUUUUAUCAGGCUUUUUCACCAAUGUUUGAACCAAAUCAAAGAUUUGAUUAAAAUUUUUAGGCUUCAGAGUUUGGUACUCUAGUUAUCAAUGAGUCUUUUUUAAGGAGAUUGGGAAAUUUCCAAAAAUAAAAAUGAAAAUAAGAGACUGAGGAUGUUUUAAUUGUUUAUUUACUGUUGAAUUAUCUAUGAACAAUCAUUAAAUAAAGAUUAUUUUAUAAUUAAGGGAAGAAAAUAAAGUAAAAAAUAAGAGACUGGGAUGUUUUAAUUGUUUAUUUAUUUGUUAUAUGUACCAUUUGUUGGUUUUUGUUAAAUUCAAUUUUUAUAGCUAAGGAAAUGUGUUGAAAAUAUCUGAAGUUUGACGGAAACUUUUGGUUGGAAUACGUACGUACGUAUAAAAACAUAAGAAUAGCAUGAGUAAAAUAUUAAAUAUGUGAUUAAUUAUAACUAUUCAAUAAAUUGUAGAGGUUGUUCUAUUGAAAAUAAUGUAAUUUCAUCUUACUUUUUCAAAGGAUUUUUUUUUUUGAAAGUUUUUUGUAAAUUGUGAGUAUUUUGCCAGGUUGGAGAAUUAAUUUUUUUUUUCUUAAAAAAGAAAAAAUGAG